GAAACCACAUGAGUGACCGGGAUUCAGAUUAGGCCAGAUACGGAAAAGAAAGAAAAAGAAAAAAAAAAAAGGAAACGACCCACCCCGUUGAGGAUAUCAAAGAAUUGCGCGGUUGCAGCAGUCAACGUGCAAAGUUGAUAGCAUCCAACCAAGCAGAAGUCUGAGAAGAAGAUAAUCUCGCAUUUGAUUUUUAGGCCUCACAUGUGAGGCGAGUCCAUCCAAUCCAUCCAUCCAUCAACUUGGAGAUUCGAGUUUACUGGAAACCUAGUAAUUAAUUAAUUAAUUCUAAAUCAUAAAGAUUUCAAUCGAUCCGAUGGUGAAGGAGACCGAAUACUAUGACGUGCUGGGUGUCAGUCCCACGGCAUCCGAAGCUGAGAUUAAGAAAGCUUAUUACAUCAAGGCAAGGCAAGUGCAUCCGGAUAAAAAUCCAAAUGACCCUCUUGCCGCACAAAAUUUUCAGGUUUUAGGUGAGGCUUACCAAGUUCUCAGUGACCCAACUCAAAGGCAAGCUUAUGAUGCACAUGGGAAAUCAGGAAUCUCAACUGAUGCCAUUAUUGAUCCUGCAGCAAUCUUUGCCAUGCUUUUUGGUAGUGAGCUUUUUGAGGAAUAUAUAGGCCAGUUAGCCAUGGCAUCAAUGGCUUCAAUGGACAUUUUUACUGAAGGGGAACAAUUUGAUACUAAAAAGUUGCAAGACAAAAUGCGGGUUGUUCAGAAGGAGAGAGAAGAAAGGCUUGUAGAGAUACUAAAAAAUAGACUCAACCAAUAUGUUCAGGGAAACAAAGAGGACUUUGUCAAUCAUGCAGAAGCUGAAGUAGCACGGCUGUCCAAUGCAGCUUAUGGGGUUGAUAUGUUGAAUACCAUUGGCUACAUAUACGCAAGGCAGGCAGCAAAAGAGCUAGGGAAGAAAGCAAUUUAUUUGGGUGUGCCUUUUAUUGCUGAGUGGUUUAGAAACAAAGGACACUUCAUCAAAUCCCAAGUUACAGCGGCAACAGGAGCAAUUGCAUUGAUCCAAUUACAGGAGGAUAUGAAGAAACAACUCAGUUCAGAAGGGAACUACACCGAAGAAGAGCUUGAAGAAUAUAUGCAAUCUCAUAAAAAAUUAAUGAUUGACUCUCUGUGGAAGCUUAAUGUGGCUGACAUUGAGGCCACUCUUUCCCGUGUCUGUCAAAUGGUUCUUCAAGACAGCAAUGCCAAGAAAGAAGAACUACGUGCACGAGCAAAAGGGUUGAAAACUCUUGGUAAAAUCUUCCAGAGGGUUAAGACAGCCAAUGGGAAUGAGAGCGAAAAUAUACCAAACAAACCAGUACAUAAAUUGAAUGGAAGUGAAACUAGCAAUGAUGUUUGUUCUCCUAGUACAUCACCCAAAUCUUCAAGUCCUGGUUUUUCGACUAAUGCUGUAUCCGCAUCACAGAGUCCCUACGUAGAGGCCCCGCACUUUGCAGGCAUGCAAUUUGACUACAACUUCCCUAGGCCAACCGCCCCCCCAGGUGCCCACAGACCUGCUCCAGCCAGCAAGGAUUGAUGAUGGUGUUUGAUGCCCAUGUUCUUGUUUUGUAUGUAUUGCUCUUGUGGUGUUUUGUUGAACAGUAUGUUUUUACAAAUGUGUGCUGAAGAUCGCAUUUGGUCCGCCACAUUGUGCAGUGUGAUUAUUAUGCUUGUUUAAUAUUUCUAUACAUAGAUGAGGGAUGAUAGUUUGGAGUAAUGUUUUCGUUGCUAGCAGGCGUUGAUUGGCAGCCUUGUCACUCAAAUUAUGUAUGUUAUAUAUAUUAGGGGUGUUUGCAUGUAGUUCAUUUAUUCCUGUGUUUUUGUUUUUUCAAGUACAAGUAUAGUGGUAUUUCA